CCCCCACUGGCUCGCUCGUCCCGCUGCUGCGUUGCGGGCCACACUGUGACCGCACUAACGAGGAAGAGGAGGACGAGGAGGAAGAGGACCGCCGGGGGGGGCAGCUGCGUUGCAAACCACACGAGGGGGCCACAAGAAGAAGAGGAAAGCGAAAAAAGAAGAAGACGCGCCUCUCUUCCUCUCUCUGUCCUGCACCCUCCUCUUCAUCAGCGCAACCUCCGAAGUGGGAAUUUUGCGGUGGAAAACCGACGACAGCGCGCGCGAGAGAGAGCCCCCCGCCCCCCGCCCUCCGGACCAGCCGCGUACUCUUCAUCUUUUCGAGACCCCCCCGGACCGGCCGCGUACGUGCUCGUCGAGCAGCCAUGAAGGAUCGCACGGCGGAACUGCGGAGUGCUAAAGACAGUGAUGACGACGAGGAGGUGGUGCAGGUGGAUCGAGACCACUUCAUGGACGAGUUCUUUGAACAGGUGGAGGAGAUCCGCAGCUGCAUCGAGAAGUUGUCCGAGGACGUGGAGCAGGUGAAGAAGCAGCACAGCGCCAUCUUGGCCGCGCCCAACCCUGAUGAAAAGACCAAACAGGAGUUGGAGGAUCUGACGGCCGACAUCAAGAAGACCGCCAAUAAAGUUCGUUCAAAAUUAAAAGCGAUCGAGCAGAGCAUCGAGCAGGAAGAAGGUCUCAACAGAUCCUCGGCGGACCUCAGGAUCCGCAAGACGCAGCACUCCACGCUGUCCCGCAAGUUUGUGGAGGUGAUGACCGAGUACAACACCACGCAGUCCAAAUACCGAGACCGCUGCAAAGACCGCAUCCAGAGGCAGCUGGAGAUCACUGGAAGAACCACCACCAACGAGGAGCUGGAGGACAUGUUGGAGAGUGGCAAGCUGGCCAUCUUCACCGAUGAUAUCAAGAUGGAUUCCCAGAUGACCAAACAGGCCCUGAACGAGAUCGAGACCCGGCACACCGAGAUCAUCAAGUUGGAGAACAGCAUCCGAGAGCUUCACGACAUGUUUGUGGACAUGGCCAUGCUGGUGGAGAGUCAGGGCGAGAUGAUCGACAGAAUCGAAUACAACGUGGAGCACUCCGUGGACUACGUGGAGCGAGCCGUGUCCGACACCAAGAAGGCCGUCAAGUACCAGAGCCAAGCCCGCAAGAAAAAGAUCAUGAUCAUCAUCUGCUGCGUGAUCCUGGGCGUGGUCCUGGCGUCCACCAUCGGCGGGACUUUGGGCUUCUGAGCUUCCGGGACGCCCGUCGCCGUGACGACCGGCUACGGCAGACCGACGGGAGCCGGAGAAAAAAAGCCCAAAAACUUGAACCACAAAUGCAAGAAGAUAACCGAUCAGCAAACGGGACACACUUGGGGUGGGCCGAGGUCCCAAAUUCCCACCAAAAGCAACACCCUCAAAUGCACCACGUUGUCCGUGUAACGCGCGUAAACCGGCUCGCGCGCCGCCCACGUUUUACUUUGCUUCUUUCUUCUUUGGAGCGUCGCUUUCAUUUUUUUUCCGGGACGGCGAUGGCGACAGCGUUGGCGGGCGUCACCCGGCAGAGAAAGUCCAGCGGUGCCGUCCCGCAGAAAUAGUCCGCCGCCUUGCCCGAGCGCCACGGCCCCCUCGGCAAACACACUUAACGGCUGCGUUCCGAAUCCUUUUCUAUUCACCAUUUAGCGCCCUCGAGCGCGAGUUGGCCAUUUUGUUGCGCUGUCGCAAGCACAUAUUCGCAGUUCGGCGUUCACAGAUUUUCUUGACGCCAUCUGGUGGCAUCUUGGUGCUGAAGUGAGUUGAUGAGCUUCAUUUAGACCACAGUCGUCCCUUGCCGCCAUCUUCUGACCUCUAUGGGCAAUACAGUACAGUUAUGUUAAAUAAUAAAUGUAUAAGUAGAGCAAUUCAUUUUUGUAAAAUAUAAGGUUGAAAAUAUUGUUCUUAUAAUUCAUGAAUUUGUUCAAUAUUUAUUACAUAAGGUCCACCAGCUGACGUUGAUCUGGUAUGUUGUAAUUACGCGACAACAAUGACAGCAGUAACCGUGCCCAAGUCGGCUUCCAAAAAUAUUUUCAUUUGACCGAUGACUCGACCAUCUCGUCCGCCAUCUUGAAAUUGUUGUACCGUAUAUAGCGAUCAGGGAGUCGAGAACGACGAACGGUUCGGAACAUAGCGACUGUGUUCCGAAUCAUUCGUCGUUCCCGACUCCUUAAUCGCUACAAAGGGAUUUUUAGUAGACCUUUCGGGAACGACCUCGGAUUCCCAACACAGCCAAUGUGUCCUGCGAGUGCAAAUAGACUCUGAGUCCCCCCAUUGGUUGCUCACGUCAGUCAACGCUUUUCACCCGAUUGCAAUGAAAUCUGGUGCGCGUGUGUGUGUGUGUGGGGGAUGGGGGUCAUUUGAAGGUGGCUGGGUUCCACAGCAACACACCAAGCAAAGGGUGGGGAGGAGGGAGGAGGGAGGGGCCUCAGGUGGGGCGGAGUCAGGGGCAGUCAAUCUAUGCAGUCUAGAUACAAGCGCGACCAGCCCCGCCCCCUGACCGCCGCGGCCCAACCCACCUAAGUCUCUCCGGAUACGCUUGUGGCACCCGGUGUUCCUUUUACAUGACCGCCUCCCGUCACUUCCUGUCAACGUCGCCCGAGCCGUCUUCGUCGCCGCCUUCCGGACGAAUGCAUUUGCGGUCGUCACCGAAGUUGCCAGGCGCGCUAGCUUUAGCUUAGCCUCAGUUUACAUUUAGCUCCUUCAGAUUCCAGACAGUUGAGGAAAAAUUCCACAAUCCAUCUUCAGAUGUUUCGUAUCAGCUAACGUUCCUCUUCAGCAGUUAGCAACGUGUUUGCGGCCUUGUGGGUUUUUUUUUUCCCGAUAGUCGGUCCAAACGCUGCUAACGUGUUCGAAUUCACAACAUACGUGAGCUCUGCAUGCCGGAAACACGGUGCGAUGGCAAUGCGCCAUUAGCGUUGUUAGCAUAGCCACUAGUACAUGUCAAAUUGUUGCGCUACUGUGAUGCUAAGGCCUGCCCGUCUGCUGCCGCUAGUCAUGCUAACAAGCGCUACAAACGGCACUCGGCGUUCAAGCGCUAACAUCGGCCGGCGACCGCUCACACGUCGCAUCGGCGUUGGCAGCGUGAGCGCGGUGGCUCGGACGCCAACAGGAAGCGGGAGCCGGCGGCUUUGUUCAGUUACUGCGCUUUGUGUCGUCCUUAGCUGUGCGACGUGUUGUGGCAAACGAAACAAGAAAAGCGCUUGUAGCGUCAACAUUUUCUUUUCAUUCCAAAACCAAAACCAACUUGCGUGUGCACCAAAGUAUCGUCGUGUCGUAUUGGGGGCCACACCUCCUCGUACGCUCACCUACCGUCGGCCAAUCACGUCACUCCUUUUCCACAGCUGUCGCUCAAGUCGGACAUGUCGGGACGUCCGCGCGCGCCGCCGUCGUCGUGCCUCGACAAACGCAAACAUGGCGGCGCAAAGGAAGAAGAAGCGCGCGAGUGUUCAGAAUCAUUCUCGGCUCCCGAAUCACGACCAAGAGAUUCUUAGGUGCACCUUCACGAACGCCCUCGGUCCACAAUAUAAAAAUCCCUAACCGCAAGAAUGCAUCAUCUUAUUUCCCGUGACAUCUUACAGUAGAUUUUAAGACAGUUGUUUUUUUCAAAAUGUUUAGCAAGACACAAAGACUUGUUUUAAGAUACACAAUCUUAUUUUAAAGAUCUUAUCAAGUCAAUUCAUACCAGUUCCAUUGGCAGAUUUUUCACUGAUAUUAGGGACAAAAAUAAAACAAAAAGUACAGUAAGAUCUUUUUACUAGAAAGAAAUUCUGUAAGAUUUUGCAUUGUUGCAGUGAUCAGGAGCGGGACAUGAUGAAUGAAUCAUUCGGACGUUCCUGACUCCCGAGUAACUAGAGGACUUUUCAGCGAGUAUUUUAGGAACUAUCAAGGUCCGCUCGAUAAACAUAUAAACAUCCCUUCAGAGUGAACAGUGGGCAGUGCCGCAGUGAACGAGCGAAGGAUUCCGAACACAACAUCGAUGUUGUCCUUUGAAUUUCUGGAAAGCGGACAGCGUGGCUCAGGACACCCUCCUCCCCCCCAACCCCACCCGCGAGGUGAAAAUGAAAAAGUAAAAAAAACAUUUCAAAAAUAAAAAAGCAUGCAAAAGCGUUGUAAAGUUUUGCAUGGUGAUGUUUCUCGUAUACCGACCUGCCGCCAUGUUGUGCGCUUUUCCGCUCAUCGGCCGUCUGUUAGCACGUCAGCCGGAUUCCUUUAACAUCUCCCGUGGUGCCCCCCGCCCCGUGCCGGUGGAGCGACAGGAAGCACAACGACGACGCUCGCUUUUUCCCCAAAACAAACGAAAAGGUGCAAGCGACCGCUCCAAAGACUGUCCCGCCGCCAGCCGUUAGCAUGCUGACAAUUGACCACGGCGACGGCGGCGUACUCCAUGUUUGUAGUCCCGACGACUCAUUCUGUCUUCCUGAAAGCAUUCCCCAAACCAAAACUCCUCUUUGUCCGGUCGCCGUGACAACAUGAUGUUUGCCAUUGACCCGAUGCUCCGCCCACAUCUUUGUGCUCCGCCACCCUCCGAGUCAGUAUUCAUUUGUAUUCGUGGGAGGAGUCAGAAGAAGGACUUUGACUUUGUUGUUGUCGUUGUUGUUGUUCUGAUCGCCAUGGAGAUGAGAAUGUGUAAUUAUUGUAAAUAACCACAAAAGAUGACCUGCAUGUUUAUCGAGAAAAUUCCUGACAAAGUUGACGGCGUCCCAGUCCUCUUUAGCCGCCAGGCCGCCACCUUGGCGACCCCGGGGGGUGGGGGGGGUGGGGGGGGGUCGCUUCCUCUUUAGCCGCCAUCUCGGCGUAGCGGGGGCUCGCGUUCUGGUCCCGAAGCGCCUGGCGGCUCCUCAGCCCGAAGUGCUUCCUCCGUUUUGACGACUUUGUCUCUUGAAUUCUCGGCGAGCGUCCCGCAAAAGACGGACGAUGGCGCAGCGCUGUCCGUCCGACUCGGGGACCCCGAAACCGCCCCUUCGCCCCCCCGCCCCUCCCCGCAGGCAGGCCGACGUGGACAAAGUGCAAUAUUAGUAUUUUGGCGGCGCCGAAUCUCGGGACUAAAGAGGACAAAGUGGGGUGCGUCCGCGCCGCUCGCUCAACUUUGGCGGGAAAUGCAACUUGUGUGUUUCUUUUAGUGUGUGUUUGUGUGCGCGUAGUGUAACGUAAACGCCAUCCGUCCCUCCCUCGGAAACCACUAAAGAGCCCGCACCCCUGAUUGGCAACAGCUCCCCGCCCCCUCCCUCGUGCUGCUGUUGGCUGUUUUGUUUUCGUUGGUGUGACGUGCCAGUAUAACCCCCCCACCUCCUUGAACGGUCGCGCCCCCCCCCCUCCAUGGAUCUUUAAGAUGACAACUCUAUGCAGAUGCGUCUUUUCUAAAUGUGUCCAACAUUUUAAGUUCUGACAAAAAAAAAAUCAAAAUAAAUAUUGAAACAUGAAAUAAAA